AUGGAACUUCCGGAAAUGUUGCGAACGGAAUUCAACUAUACAUGCUCAUACUGGAAAGCUUGGAAAGCGAAAGAACUAGCGAUUGCAUUUGCGCAAGGAACAGAGGAGGAUUCAUACAAGAUGCUACCACAGUACUUCCAUGUACUCAAGCUAGCAAAUCCUGGAACAAUCACCGAUAUUAAAACCGAAAAAGACAAAGAAGGAAAAACAAGGUUUAAGUAUGCGUUCAUGUCCCUGAAAGCAUGCAUCGAUGGAUGGAAGUACCUGAGGAAGGUGCUAGUGGUGGACGGCACCCACAUGUUUGGAAAGUACAAAGGUGUUUUGCUAAGUGCCAGCGGACAAGAUGCUAACAGCCGCGUAUUCCCGAUUGCUUUCGCAGUAGUGGAAAGCGAGAACACCGAAUCUUGGACAUGGUUUUUCGAGAGGUUAUCCACUAUUGUAGAGGAUGGUUCUGAUUUAAGUAUAAUAUCAGAUAGAUGCGCAGCAAUUUUCGCAGCGAAAGAUAAAUGGUACCCACGUGCACACCAUGGUAUUUGUCUCGUACACCUCCAGCGUAACGUUCAGGAUAAGUAUAAGGGGCUGCAACAGAAAGCAAUGGUAGGCAGAGCUGGGGAAGCGUUCAGAGUUUCGGAGUUUAAGGAGAUAAUGGAGCUUAUUAAACUGACGGAUUGGAGAUGCUGGGAUUAUUUGGAGAAGAUCGACAAGAAGCUAUGGACACGUUCACAUUUCGAAGGGGAGAGAUUUAACGUGAUGACUUCUAACGCUGCUGAAUCGUUGAAUAAUGCUCUUCUGUCCGCUCGUGAUAGUCCUAUAAUAGCAUUGUUCGAGUUUAUUCGCCGGAAGCUGUGUACAUGGUAUGUGAGCAGACGCAGCGAGAUCAGUAAGAUGAAGGGAAAUGUUCCAGAUAAUAUUCAAAAGAUACUGGUCGAACAGCUGGUGCUGUCAACGGGCCUUCUAGUUAUGCCAUGUUCGACUUGGUUAUUCGAAGUUACGCACAGGCCAACUAAUUUUGGUUCACGGUUGAUCUGGAUAAACGAACUUGCACUUGCCUCGAAUUCCAAAAGCUUGGUUUGCCAUGCCGACAUGCCAUUGCUGCUGCUUCUUACCGUAAUAUGCAGUACAUCAUGUUUGUUUGCAAACACCAUCUCAAAGAGACAUGGGCUGAAACAGUUAGGGGUAUCAUACUUCCGGUUCCGGAUCCAAAGGAUGUUGAAGUGCCAGCCGAAAUACUAA